AAACAAUACAUCAUUCAGAGGCUGCUGUAGCAGACAUUUGAUCGCCGCAUAAUGCGCCUCACAAUUCCUUCACCGAGCCCGCAGAUUCUGUUUCACCAGCAGGCAGGUUUCACUAGGUGAAGUUCGUCUUUUCCGAAAGUUACGAGUCUUUGUCGGGCUCUUCGCUGGUGUGUUAUGCAGUAAACGAGCAAUUUUCACCACGAAGGAAUCCUCUGGGAGAUCUGUCUGUCAAACAUGGUCUCUAAAAGCAACCUGUCGUUGAUUCUGCAUUUCCUCCUCAUAGUGUGUCUUCUAAACGAUGUGGACGCCCAAACAACCGCUCCUGGAGGCGAAGAAGAAGGAGGAGGAGAAGGAGAGGGAAAUGGAGAAAAAGAAGCAUGUGACAAAGAUUUUGAUUUGAGCUUCGUGAUUGAUGGCAGUGGAAGUAUCGAGCAGGCCGGAAAAGGGAAUUUUAAGAAGGUGAAGGACUUUGUGAAAAGAAUCAUAGGGGGAUUCAACAUUGGAGAAGACAAAACCCAUGUUGGUGCCGUGAUCUAUUCUUCUAGCCAGUAUGUUAAAAAAGUCUUUGGGUUAGAUAGCUACUUCAAUUUAGCAUCUCUUGAAAGGGCUAUUGACAAAAUUCCAUACCCUUCAGGGGGUACAUUCACGGGGAAAGCCAUUACAUUGGCCACCAGAGAAAUCUAUACAAGCAGUAAAGAUAGGUCUGACAUACCAAAUGUCUGCAUAGUCAUCACUGAUGGCAAAGCCACAGACUCCAUUGAGGAGGCAUCAAGGACACUUAGAUUAAAGGGGACCACUAUAAUUGCCAUUGGUGUAGGACAAAAUUAUGAUGAAGCAGAGUUGAUAAAAAUGGCUGGAAGCCGAAGCAACGUCUACACAGCUGACUUCUCAGACCUGGGCACUGUCAUAGAAGACAUUAAGCAGUCUGCUUGCCAAGCUGACCAGCCUCCAUUACCUCCUCAAAGGAUUGGGCCCCCUGGCGAUCCUGGACCGAAAGGAGAUAAGGGAGAUCAAGGACCUACUGGAGACGCAGGACCAGGAGGUCUGAGAGGGGAUUCGGGUGCUGAUGGACCAGAUGGUCCUCAAGGUGUUCAGGGCCCUCCAGGACUUCAAGGACCUCCAGGACCUCCAGGGCCCAUCAUAACAGUCCCUCCUGGUGAACCUGGUGGUCCAGAUGAAGGUGGACCUGACCCAAUUUCCCUUGGAGAGAUAAGUAAUAACCAAGAUGCCAAAGGACCAAUAGGAAUAAUUCGAAGAGUUAAAGGAGAAAAAGGGGCAGAUGGUCCCAGUGGUUCAAUAGGACCUACUGGUAUAGCAGGGCCACAGGGAGAAAUGGGAGCUCCUGGACAGAUUGGUCCACCUGGAGUAAAUGGCCAAGCAGUGAGUUUCACAUGUGAUCAAUUCCUCUAUUCUCCUGACCAUAAAUUUGAUCUACUGUAA